AUGCUAGCAAACGCGGACCAACGUGCCACUAACAGCGACGAAAUCACCAGUAAUGUUGGUACGACCCGAAUCAUCACCUUACCGCCAUUUAUGGAAAGUGAACCUAAAUUUUGGUUCGACGUUGUAGAAAUGAAAUUUAGUGCAGCUCAACUAAACGAUCCUGUAGAGCGUUUUGUACAGACUUUCAGCGCUCUAAGCGUUAGCGCGUCUCUAUUGGCAAAGGACCUUGUAAAGCCACCGAUAAACAGUGAAUCGUAUUCACGUUUGAAGGAGAGAGUGGUAAGUCGCCUUACUUUGUCACAUGAGCAACGUAUUCGACAACUUCUGAAAACAGAAACUAUGGGUGACGACAAACCGUCCAUAUUCCUACUCCGUCUGAAAGAUCUGGCGGGCCCUGAUGUAUCCGAAGUGUAUCUGCGAACGAUUUGGGAGGGCCGUUUGCCUUCUGGUAUUCGGCUGUAUGUGACCAUGAAUCCCGAUGUGUCACUGUCUAAGGCGGCGGAAAUCGGAGACCUGGCAUAUGAAUUCAUCAAGUCCUUGAAUACGAGAACGGAGAAGGCAACGGAAGACAUGAUAAGUUGCAUCCUUAAUAGACUAAGCCGGAUGGAAGAGAAAUUGGCAUCACAACAAAUUAACCAGCUAGAAAUUAGGCGUGAACUAUCGAGAAGUCGUGGUGACCGACGUGGGAGAUCCCGUUCACUAACAAGGAGUCACAGUAGAUCAAGAGAUGCUGACAGAGUGUGUUGGUAUCAUUGGAGGUUCGCCGAGAAUGCAAAAAAGUGCAAGCAGCCGUGCACUUACCACAGCACGAGAAACGCACCGGGCACUUGUUAA